AUGAACAAGAGUGAAAUUUUUAAAGCUAAGUUAUUUUGGAUUUUGGUUCCAAUAAUAAUCUGUUUAAUAUCUAUUUCCAUAAAUAUUUUUGAUAACAAUUCAUUUCAAAGAAACAACAAAUUACUGAAACUUUGGAGUGAAAUUUUGGGGAAUAAUAAUAAAUUAUCAAAAUUAAGAAAGUUAUUAGGAUUUUCAAGAAAUAAAGAAUGUGACUAUAAGAAAUUUCCAAUACUUCGUCCAAAGCUUAAUAUAAGAGAGAAAAAUAAAGUUAGUACUUGGAAUGAUUUAGGUGUGAUAUUACAAAGUAAAUGGCCACAAAUUCCAUUAGAAGCGUCCUUAGUAGAAUUUCUUUCAGAGUUUUACCAAGGUAUAGGAAAAACAUUUGAAGAAUUAAUUAGGGAUUUAGUCAAUUUAAAUAACCCUCAAGAUGAAAAAAGAAUGAUUACAACAAAGUUGGCAAGUGAAUUGGUUAAUGAUAAUUUAGGAAUUAAGUUAAUGGAAACUAUGAUAAUAAAUAAAUACUAUUCCCCUAGAAUUGAGUCAAUAAGAGUAUUGGAAAGAAGCCAAAGAAAUGUUUUUGGAAUAAUAUGUAAGAAAGCAACUUGGUUUAUUGUUGUAUAUCAAGAAGAGACUAUUGACACAUUUUGUGAUUCCAAAGAUUUAUAUAAUAGUGUAAUAAAAGGGAAAUCCAAAGGAUUUGAGAGUCUUAGUAAGUAUGAUUUGAGUUUCUCAAGAUAUGAUAUAGGGAGAGAACAUAUACUUGAAAAUACUGGUAUCAAUAUAGAAGAAAAUAACAAUCAAAUUGUUAAUAGACUGAGAAAAAUAGAGAUUUAUGCCUAUAUUGAUUUUUCAGACGAUAAUUCUAGAGAAAUACUUAAUAAUUUAUGGAAUGUUUGGGAUAUAUUAAAAGAUCAAGAUACUGUAAAAAUAAAAAUAAGGCAUUGUGAUCAUAUGGAUUUUACAGAAAGUUAUGAGUAUUUAUCAGGAUUUGGAGUUUCAGUAAGUAAAAUGUCAUUAGAAUCUAAUUCGACAGUAGAUAUGAGUUCAAACGUGAAUAGUGAUUUUCAAAAUCAGUACCAAUUAUUUCAGUGUAAUAGGGAAUUAGAAAAAUCUCACAAGGAUGAAGAGUAUGAGAAUUUGGCAACAAUAUGUGAUAAAGCUAUAAACAUGGAGAAUGUGCUAGACUCUGAUGGAGAAUUAUCGAUUGAGUGUAUGAGAGAUAUUGGAGCCUAUUUAGUAUCAUUAUCUAAAAGAUUUGAGGAUCAAUUGGGUGCUAUAAUACAUUAUUUAGAGAAUUUUGGAACAUAUCAGUUAGCAUUAUGCAAUGGAGUAAGGGAAAACACUACAUUAUCUGGGUACAGUCAAUUGCAUCAACGUGUUUCAGAAGGUUCUACAUUCUUUACAUUGAACGGGAGAUUGUUCUCUCCAAGUGAAACAAAUUUUUUCAAUUUAGCUACAAUAUUAAAAAGUAUAAUAUUUUCAAAAAUCAGGUUAUUGAGAAAUAAAUUAGACGAAACAGUUAUUAUAGAUUCUUUGUCUAUAACAGGAAUAAAUGAGAAGGAAGAGCUAAAUCUCUUUAUGGAAAGUAUAAAUGGAAAUUUAAAUGAUUCGAGAAUUUCUAGCAAGUUUAAAAAUGUUAUAAGGGAUGAGAGUUUAAAAAAUCUAAUAGAGAAAGGAGAAAUACUUGAUUUUAAUUCAGUACUUGAGUUUGAGAAAGAAUUAGAGCAGGAUCCAACUUUAAUGGAUGAUAUGGAUUGGUUAGGGAAAAAAGAAUACGUUUUGUCAAGUUCAUCUCCAUGGGUUAGAAGUUCUCCAAGAACCGACUGGAAAGUAGCAAAUAUUCUUCCAUUAAAAUCACGUCAUUUUUAUAAGGAUAUUACUAAUAUUGGAGAUUCUCAAUGGGGAGAAACUCCUAGUAUUUUUGAAAAAGUCUGGUUUAAUAGAAAUAUAACUGAAAAUAAUUUAUAUCAAAAGGAGAUUGUGAAUGAAGUUGAAACAAAUAACUCCACUGAAGCAAAUGUUUUUCAAGAAGUCGAGUAUUCACCCUGGAUAAUGUACAGAAUUUACUUUUCAAAUCAAAUUAGAAAUUCAAGAAUAGUUCAGGAUUAUGCAAUAUACGAUAUUAUGAAAGAACCAGAAGCCACUCUUGGGCAGUAUUUAUAUCCAUUGGGGAGUUUACCAGAAUUAUUUGAAAAAUACCCAAAUAACGUAGGGAUUUAUCCAGUAAAGGCUGCAAUAUUGGAUAUAAUAAUAUUAUGUGAUCCAUUUGAUAUAGAAUGUAUUACAGUAACGAUAGAGAUUAUUAAUAAGAAGUGGCCAAUAAGGUUAAAUUUGUUAUUAAUAGAUCCAGAAUGGGUAAAUGAGAGAAAACCUGAUUAUUCAAGACCCUUUUCGUAUAAAAAUGUGACAUCUGAUGAAGAUUUUCAAGCUAAAUUUAGGGAAAUAUAUGAAGAUAAAAGAGAAAGGGAAAAUAAUCAGGAAAGAAAUCAAACACUUUGUAAAAGGUAUUAUGGGGAAGAAAAUAUUCAAAAUUGUCCAGAAUGGAUAAAUGAGAAAGGAAAACUAAAAGAUAGCAGAAGUAAAAUUUUUGAAUACUAUGAUAAAUAUGAUCAAGGUUCAAAAGGAGAAUACGCCAUAAAGUUGGCAAUUUCUGAGGUUUUUGGAUUCCUAGUUUCUUCUUCAACAAUUCAAGGAAUGUUUCUUGCAAGAGCAUUUAUUGAAAUGAUUGCAAAAAAUUUACCAUUAUUAUUAGAAGAGAAUUACACACUAAGUCAGUUUCAAGAGUUUUUGAGUAAAUUCUUUACUCAUUUUAGUAUUAAUGCAGAGUUGAGCAAAGUUUGGGAGAUAAUCUAUUCUAACAAUCCAAAUGAUGAUUCUUAUGUCAAUAAGGUGGUAUCAUAUUGUAGACUCAAAGGAUUCACAACUCCUGGAGCUUUGAUUAAUGGUUACUUUGUGGAAAUUACAGAUUUGAUAUUAGAAGAAGUUAUUUAUGGAAUAGCUAAAAAAGAGCAGAGAAUGAUUAUGAAAGGUAUUAAGGAAGGCCAAAUCACUAGUAGUGAUGACAUUUAUCAAUAUAUAUUUAAUAGCACACUCACUGGAAUAAGUUCUGUACCAAUUGUUUUCCCACCAUUUACCAAGUCUAUCAAAUUUGAAAACUGGCCAUUUAUUGGAAUACAAAAUGAAUGGAUAAAUAUUGAGAAAGAGAUUAAUUUCAAGCUUCAUCAAAAGUAUGACGUAGUAAGUAUGGAAGAGGAUUCAAAAAAUAAUGAGAAAACUUCAAAACCUUACUUUCAACAAGCAAAAACAGGUGAUUAUCAAAUUAAUAUUCUGGAAGAAGAUUAUGAUAGGGUUUUAUUAGAUUUAGAAGAUCUAUCUGCUUUGGAUUAUUCCAAAUUAUGGGAUCAAAAUCCUGAAUUAAAACAUAAUAUGGAGAAUGUCGAAAAGAAAAGCCAAUCAACUCCUUGGAUUACAUUUAUUGUACUAAUAAGAUCAUCUAGAACGGGGUUGUUGGGACUUUCUAAUUUGAUCGAUUAUUGGAUUUCAACAUUAUCUUACCAAGCAUCUAUGUAUUUGAAUCAGUAUAAUGAAUUAUUAUUUAAUAGGAGGUUUAAAUUGAUGUUUAUUCCACCUAAUGGAGUCGAAGAAAAUUCUGAAAUCUCACUCAUUUUAGAAAAGUGUAUUGAUGAUGUAUUGUAUUUGAAUAAAACCCAGAAAGAGAAAGACAAACUUUCACAAUUUGUCCCAAUUUUAGAUAAGCUGAGAUUUAUAAAGUGGUUUGUCAGAGUAGUUUUGGAGACUAUGGAUGAAUAUUUGGAUAUAGACACUUUUACAAAUGUUAAUAAUCAGGAUCUAAAUUUAAAUGACUCUUUAGUAGGAAAAAUUAUUGAUAUUUAUGAGUCACUUUCAAGGAGCUUUUUUGGAAAAAGUGGGAAUGGAAAAUUGGAUACAGAUUAUUUUGAAGAUAUAGAUUUAAUUGAAUCACGGAAAAGAGUAAAAAAGAAAUUGAUAAGUAAGUUCUCAUCUAGGAAGGAAAAGGAAGUCAUUUCAUUUCCAUAUUCUUCUGUUGGUAAUGGAAAGUUAAAGGGUUUUCCAAAAUAUGCAACUUACAACUUGAAUCAAGAAAAGUCUGAUCAAAGAUAUGGAAAAGGGAGUUUUGAAGAUAGUCAAUUAUCAAAAAAGGAUUGUUUUGAAACCUUCACAAUGGGAAUCGUUUUAAAUGGAGUAUAUUUGAGAAUUUGUCCAAACACAUAUCCUGUUUAUUUGAGAAAAGAUGUUAAAGUAAAUUACUGGUCUUCUCCAAUUCAUUCUGUUCACUUUAAGCUAUUGGAAACUGCAGUAACUAGUAGAAUGAGGCAGCUGGUCUUACUUGGAGAGUUUAAAAGAACAGGAAAAAAAGAAGAUCUUUUAUACAGAAUGUUGUGGUCAAAGUUGGAUCCAAAUAAAAUGUUUAUUUUAAUUAAUGAGCAUUUACAUGUUUCAAAUUUAUUCAAGUCUGAAUCUUUGAUACAAUUAGAUGAUAUAUUCAGCUCUUCAAAUUCACUGAUUAAACUUCAUUUACCAACUGUUAAUACAAAAGGAAGUUCUAAACCACAAACAAAUACUUUGAUUGGAGUAGUAGCUGUUGUUAAUCCAAUGACUACUUUUAGUAAUAGUAUAUUGAGGUUAUUCGAUAUAUUACAUCAGUUACUGGAGGUUGAUAUAAAACUGGUAUAUAAUCCUGUGGUAAAUUAUCAGAAUAUUAAUCAAAUAGUACUGGUUGAUACAUGGAGAAGAUAUGUUUUUAAUUAUCCAAAACUCAAAAUAGAGAAAAAUAAAUCUAAAUCGCAAGUAAUGACCAGUUUAAAAGAACUAAUGUAUUCAAAAGGAGAACCAAGUGAAUUUAAGGUUGGUAAAGAUGAUUUGUAUUAUUUAAACUCUCAAUUAAUUGCAAAAUUUGAUAUACAAACAGAAAAGAGAUUACAAAUUAAUAUAGAAAGAAAUAAUGAUUGGAGUAUAAGUUACUUAAAAACUAUAUUACGUCAACCAAGAAAUAUCCAAGGUAAUGAUCAAUUUAUAUUACCUGGUAAUGUUUUUAAGGCAAAAGGGGAAUUACUAGUUUAUGAGCUUAAAGGUAGAGAGUUUGAGGCUACAUUAAUAGAUAUAAUGGAAACAGAAAGCGUGAAUUUGAAAAAUAAAAUAAGAGAGAUUCAAAUAAUACCUUCUCGUAAUUCAAAAUUUGAGAUUGAAUCUAAAAAAAUAAUUCCAAAACAAAAGAUUUACUCAAUAACUGAAUAUAAUAGUUUCUUUGGUUAUCUUGGAAUAGGAAUUAAUGAUUUAUUACUCACUUUAAACGAAUAUUUAGAUACUAAUAAAGUUCAAGAUAAGAAAGGAGUAAAUAAUAAUAAUGAGAAAGAAAGCUUAUUAUUGAAUUUUCCAUUACAGAUAUUUAAUCAGAGAUUAUUUGAAACAAAUCACUUUGUUAUACAUCUUUCAAAGUUAUCAAAAACUCUUAAAGGAAGUAUUAGUUAUAUUAAUCCAGAAGUAAAGCCAAAAGGAUUAUUAAAAAUAUUACAUAUUUUCUGUUUAUCAACAAAUUUAUUAAAGAGAGAGAUGGAAGGAGGAAUAAUAGACAAGUUAAUAGAUUUAAUUGAUAAAGGGUUUGCAGGACAAGUUAAAUAUUAUAACAAAUUUAUUAUUUAUUUUGAUAGCAAAGUUAUAAGUCAGACUAUCAGAGAUUAUUACAGCUAUAAACUAUUUUGGAAGUAUUAUAUUAAUAUAGAGUAUUUGGAAAUUACAAGACCAAAAUGGAUACCCAAAUUAUCUAUACAAAAUAAUAAUUCAAUAAUGGAUAUUUUAUUGACAUUAGAACAUUGGAUAUCACCAAAAAUUGAGAAGUUAUUAAUAUUGGAUCCAUUUUUAUUAGAUGUUAAUUCUGAUUUAAAUAACUAUUUUGAAUUAUUAAAUAUAAACAAUAAUAGUAAUAUUGAUAAUAGUAAACAAUUAAGAAUUGGAGAAUCUGCUAUUAUAUUCCCUAAAAAAGAUGGUAAAGAUGAAUCAUUUAGUACAAAAAUGGGUUUAAUAAUAAUGAAUAAAUACAAAAGAAUUGGAAAUUAUUUAAAAAAAGCUUAUUUUGAGUUAUAUUAUGAUCUUGAGAUAAGUAAAAAAAUAAAAGAAGAUAAUCAGAAUAUUAUGGAUUUAUUUAUUUCAUAUUUGAGAAAUGAUACAGAAUUAAAGAUUGAAGAUGAUGAAAAAAGAUAA